GAAAGAAGCAAAUCGAUACGUGUGGUCGUGGCUAAAGUCGUUCUAGGGGCGAUGGCUCCCUUCUGACGCGUCGUCGCGCCUUCCGCCGAGGACGACCGCCGCGAGUGUGCGAAGGCAGCCAGACAGCGACGACUCCGUGCCCGCUCGCCUUUCUCAAUGAUCACCAUGGACGACUACCACGACCAGAGGUUCAUCCGGGCUCUCAUGGUCCCACCCGAGAGCCGGACCCUGCAGGACAUGGACCUUAUAUACGGGUGCCUGCGGGGGAUGGAGGCCCUGUGCUGGCUGCGGGAGCCUGCCCUGCGCGCCCUCUGCAGGACGGUCCGCUACGAGAUGCACACGGCCAACGACAUCCUGUACUGCCGCGGGGAGCUGGCCACGUGCUGGUACAUCCUGCUCUCCGGCUCCGUCUUCAUCGAUGGCUCCAUGUUCCUCCCGAGGUCAAGGUAAGUCCCCGGCAGAAUCCCCCACCCUUAAAACGCCGCCCCGGAGAGGGAGAGCACCCCCAAAGGCGCUAAAGAAGUGAAAAGCAGGAGGCCAGGUAAGUCAGCGAAGAGAUGGAGAGAGAGACAGCUCGG